AUGGAAGAUACCCAGCCUCUGACGGAUCCCAUCAUCACGCCCGUUCAGUCCAAAAACUUCGAUCUCCUGGAGAAGAAGAUGCCGGACACGACCUUUGACUUCAACUUCCUCGCUGCCAUGAUGGACAAGCCCAACUUAGUUCGCAACAUUUGUUUCUUGGGUGCCAUGCACCAUGGGAAAACCACCUUCAUGGACCUCCUCGUGCUGAACACUCAUGAAAAGGACUGGAAGGUAGGAAAAGAGAUACGCUACACAGACUCCAGGCAGGACGAGCAAGAUCGCGGCAUCUCGGUGAAAGCCUCCUCCAUGAGCUUGGUCUUGCAGGAUUCCAAGGACAAGUCCUAUCUCUUUCACGCGAUGGACACUCCCGGCCACAGCAACUUCCAGGACGAAGUGAUAGCAGCUCUGGCUUUGGCUGACGGUGUCGUUCUGGUGGUUGACGUGGUUGUCGGCCUCACCCAGCACAUCGAGCGAAUGCUCAAACACGCUUUUCAGGACAACCUCAAAGUAGUUCUCGUCAUUAACGGCCUCGAUCGCCUCAUCAUGGAGCUGAAGCUGCCUCCGACAGAUGCUUAUCACAAGUUGCGGUACUGCAUCGAAGACAUCAACGAGACCAUGGAGAAGCUCUACGACUCGGCUGGAACGGAGGUCGACGAACGAGUCUACUUUUCGCCGCUGAAGGGGAAUGUAAUCUUCUCCUCGGCUCUGUUCCGAAUGGUGUUCACCUUGGAGUCAUAUGCUGCAAUCUACGCAGAAACGCAUGGUUUCAGUUUUGACCACUUGAUUCUUGCUAAAUGCCUCUGGGGAGACAUGUACUACAACGCAGAGGAGCGCAAGUUUCAGAAAACCCCUCCGGAUGCGGAGCAGCCGCGCUCCUUCGUCCAGUUCGUCCUGGAGCCGAUCUACAAGAUCUUCGCUCAUUGCCUCGGCGAGGAGAAGGAGGACCUGGCACAGACCCUCGCAGAGGUGGGCAUCUAUCUCCACAAGCGAGACUAUGAGCUGGACGCCCGAGCGUUGAUCCGCAAAGUCUUCCAGCAGUACUUCGGCUCCGGUGGAGGCCUGCCAUCCUUUGUCGACAUGGUUGUGAGACACAUCCCGAAUCCGAAGGAGAAUGCUGCCAUAAAGGUAGAGAAGCUAUACUCUGGUGACCAAGAAGGUGCAGUGUCAGAAGACAUGAAGAAGCUGGAUACCACAGGAUAUCUGAUGCUUCAUGUCGUGAAACAGUACCACAGACCCGAUUGCAAUGCCUUUGAUGUCUUUGGCCGUGUCCUUUCCGGCACAGUCUUCCGUGGUGAUCGUGUGAAGAUCUUGGGAGAGACGUACUCGCUGGAUGACGACGAGGACAUGGCAAUCAAGGAGAUCCAAAAUCUUUGGAUCCUCGAGGGCCGGUAUCGUGUGGAAGUUAGCCACGUUCCAGCAGGAAAUUGGGUACUUAUAGGAGGCAUCGAGACGUGCAUCAAGAAGACGGCGACCAUCACGACUGCCUCGAACGAGGAAGAGGUCGAGAUCUUCCGGCCAUUGCGCUUUCCGACGACCCCGGUCAUCAAGGUCGCCAUCGAGCCACUGCAGCCUGCGGAGCUGCCAAAGAUGGUCGAUGGCCUGAGGAAGAUCGACAAGGCCUACCCGCUAUCGAAGACCAAAGUGGAAGAGAGUGGCGAGCACGUGCUCCUGGGCACUGGGGAAGUUUACCUGGACUGCAUCCUUCACGACCUUCGAAGGCUUUAUGGUGACCUGGAGAUCAAAGUGGCGGAUCCCGUCGUAGAGUUUUGUGAGACGGUGGUGGAAACCAGUUCCCUGAAGUGCUUUGCAGAGACGCCGAACAAGAAGAACAAGAUCUACAUGGUGGCCGAGCCUCUGGAGAAAGGCCUCGGCGAAGACAUCGAGAAGGGCAAGGUGAGCAUCGAGUGGAACAAGCGCCGCAUGAGCGACUUCUUCACCAAGAACUACGACUGGGACCUCUUGGCAUCCAGAUCGGUUUGGGCAUUCGGUCCGGAGGUGAACGGGCCCAAUGUCCUGGUCGACGAUUGCCUGCCGAGUGAGGUGAACAAGAGCUUGCUUGUUCAAAGCAAAGAUAGCUUAGUGCAGGGCUUCCAGUGGGCUACGAAAGAAGGUCCCCUCUGUGAUGAAAAGAUUCGCAGCUGCAAGUUCAAAAUCCUCAAUGCUCAGAUGGCAGAGGAUGCGGUGCUGCGUGGUGGCGGCCAGAUAAUUCCCACAGCCCGGCGGGUGGCCUACUCGGCCUUCCUGCUAGCAACUCCUCGUCUGAUGGAGCCGGUGAUGUUCUCGGAUAUCGAGUGCCCGGCCGACUGCGUAGCUGCCAUUUACAACGUCCUCUCCAGGAGGCGUGGUCACGUCAUUCGAGACCUGCCGAAGCCAGGUAGCCCAAUGUACUCGGUGCACGCAUACUUGCCCGCCAUGGAGUCUUUCGGCUUCGAGACUGAUCUCAGAACACACACGUCCGGACAGGCAAUGUGCCAGACCUUCUUCGAUCACUGGGAACAUGUUCCUGGCGAUCCGCUGGAUCGGUCCAUCCUGCUGCGCCCGCUGGAGCCGGCACCUGCGCCGCACCUGGCGCGCGAGUUCAUGCUCAAGAUGAGGCGGCGAAAGGGCCUCAGCGAGGACGUGUCGGUUCACAAGUUCUUUGAUGAUCCGAUGCUUCUGGAGCUCGCAAAGCAGGAUGCCGAGCUCAGCUCCUACUUCUGA